AUGAACGGCAAGUCGCUAUUUAAGAGGGUUUUAAGUUUGAACCGACCCACAAAACCCGACCCGCCCAAAUUCCCAUUAUCUCUUUGGCUCCGUCUUCACAGUUCUGCAACUCUCACUCCUCUAAUGGCUGCUUCUCUCAUUCUACCUUCUCACUUCUUCACCACCUACAAGAUAAGCAAACUGUGCUUACAUCACAUGCAGUCAGCAAAUCCACACAAAGGCAUCACCUGCUUUUUCCCGGUUAGAGCAUUGGCUUCUAGAACUUUUGCUUCAGUUGGGUCAGUAGAGAAUCACGUCUCAGCUCCAACCAACACUCAAAGGUCUGGAGGUUCUAAAACAUCUGAUAAUGAUUUCGAGAGGGAGUUACAGGAGUUGUUUGAUGAAGUGAAAACGUUGGUUAUGAAUGGGAGUAAAGAUGAUGCUGUGGAUUUGCUUCGAGCGAAUUAUGAGGCUGUGAAGGAGAGGAUGGAUGCCGGGGUUAGAGGCAUUGAGGAAGCUGCUACCAUUGACAUCAUAGCUCUAGGGUACAUGGCUGUUGGUGACUUUAAGUUUGUCGAGUCGUUACUGGAAAUGUUGAAUGAGAUUGUUGGAAGUCUAAAGGAUGAUGAACCAUUGCUGGAUUCAGUUCUGGUGCAUAUGGGAAGCAUGUAUUCAACUUUGGGGAAGUUUGAGAAAUCAAUGAUUGUAUAUAGGGGAGCAAUUGAUAACAUGGAGAACAUAUAUGGGAAACAUAGUGUUUUUCUUAUCACGCCAAUUUUGGGCAUGGCAAAAGUUCUUGGUUCUAUUGGAAGGACUACAAAAGCAGUAGAUUUUUACCAUCGUGCAAUAGCUCUUCUCGAAUCUAGCAGAGGUGCUGAAUGUGAGGAUUUGGCCAUACCUUUGUUUGGUCUCGGCAGCCUUUUACUCAAACAAGGGAAACCUACUGAGGCAGAAACUCCUUUUUUAAGAAUUUUAAAUAUAUACACAAAGUUGUAUGGAGAAGAUGAUGGAAGAGUUGGGAUGGCUAUGAGUUCCCUGGCCCAUGUCAAGUGUGCAAUGGGAAAGGCAAAUGAAGCAAUCGAUUUAUAUAAGAGCGCUCUUAAAGUCAUCAAGGAUUCCAAUUAUAUGGCUUCUGAUGACAGCAUAGUGGAGAAGAUGCGGAUAGAUCUGGCAGAAUUACUUCAUGCUGUUGGAAGGGGAAAGGAAGGCCGAGAGCUACUGGAGGAAUGCUUGCUGAUCACUGAGAAACAUAAGGGCAAAGAGGACCCCAGCUCAGUGACACACCUCAUCAAUCUCGCAACUUCACAUUCCCGCUCAAAGAACUAUGUGGAGGCUGAGCGCUUGCUGAGGACAAGUUUGCAGGUCUUGUCAAAGACAGUGUCACCCGAUGACCAAUCCAUCUCAUUCCCAAUGUUGCACCUCGCCGUUACUCUCUACCAAUUAAAACAGGACGAAGAAGCUGAACAACUCGCCCUCCAGGCUUUGCACAUUCGUGAGAAAGCAUUCGGAGAAGACUCCCUACCUGUUGCUGAGGCUCUCGAUUGUCUGGUGUCAAUCCAAACAAGACUGACAAGGGACGACGAAGUGUUACUAGAUCAGCUGAAGAGGGUAUUGAGCAUCCAAGAGAAAGAGUUCGGCCCCGAGAGCAAGGAGGUCUUGACAACCUUAAAAAAAGUUGUACAUUUCCUAGACAAACUAGGCAGGAAAAACGACAAGCUCCUCUUGCAGAAACGACUCUCUGCCCUUAGAUCAAAAUUCAAGCAACAAAUUCAACAGUAA